UUUUAUGAGAGGAUGAGAGGGGGCCCAUGUGUGACAAGCCUGAAACAGCUCACAAGGAAACACAAGGAAAAUACAUUGGGGUGUCAUUGCUUCUAAAAACAGCCUUCCUGCUUUUGAUAGAGCUUAGAAGAAGAAAACUUCAAGAGUUCUUGAGAGAUGGCUUUGGAGACAUGUGGAAACUGUUUCAGUUGCCUGCUGGUACCUCUUGCACUUUGGAGUAUUGUUGUGAAUGUCCUCCUAUACUUUCCAAACGGGAAAGCUCUGCCUGCUGCCAGUUACCAGUUCCCCAACCAUGAGUGGUAUUUUGAAGGCAUCUGUUUCUCAGGUGUGAUGAUCCUUCUUUUGGCAGUAAUUCUAAUAACACUGGAGUGUAGUGUAUUCUAUCGGUGCUGCCAGAGUGAGAGCUGUAACAAAACCUACAGGAGUUUUAUUUCUAUUGUGCUAGCCCUGCUUGGAAUUGCUUUCUCAGGAUACAGUUGCAUCAUUUUUACCCUGCAUUUGAUUCAAGGCCCUUUCUGCAAUUCAUCAAGUGGAUGGAAUUAUAUUUUCAAAGACACUGCUGGGGGGUACCUCACAGAUUACCCUGCCUGGUCUAAGUGCACAGAACCUGCUAACAUAGUGGAGUGGAAUAUAAUUUUACUCUCGAUUUUGAUAGCACUCAGCGGACUGCAGUUGAUCAUCUGUAUUCUCAAAGUAGCCGCUGAGUUGAAACGAACACUCUGUGGGACCUAUUCUGUUUUUGUGCAGGCUGGAAUUCUCUGAAAAUGGCAAGGAAAUUGUUGCUGCUUCUCCCCCAUCCCCAGAAAAAGAGAAAAAUGGCCUCUCCAUAAUCCAUAGCAGUAGGUUUGAGUGCUACAAAGAAAAAUGUUGCCCUCGUCUUAAAUCUCUGUCCAUCAAACUUCUGUGUUUUGGAUGAAGUCUAUUUGAACUGUCUGACAUCUACAUUCUUCUUCACCUGUCCUGUUGAGCCUGGCAGGGACACCUAAUUUUUUUACCCUCCAAUUUGUAGUGACAGUAGGGAUAUUUUACUAUAAUGGAACUGCUUUUGUAUUGAAAUUACCUUGUUGUUUUUUCUUAAGAGGAUGCUGUAGAACUGCUUUUGUACUCCCUUGUCAUUGCUUAGACCCUAUGAUUGUUUGUGGUUUCGAAAGGGCCUGGUUCAAAGCCACGAUUCUGGAUCUGACCAUCAAGAGGGGCUAGUGCACUGAGUGAAGCCAUGAUUUCUAAAUGAAUGAAUUUUAGUUACAGACAGACCAUGAUGGCAAUCGUGGAAGGAGGUGGGCAGAGCCUACCCUCGUCCUUCCACCUUAGAAGUUUGUAACUGCAAAAAGCAAUUACUGAAAAAAAGUCUAUCAAGUCUUUUUGUGGUAAAAAGGGCACCUGGGCCUGAUUGACUUAUUGGACACACAGGUCUGAACUCAGCUCUACUAAUUGGUACAUUUCAAUAGCUGCACUGGGUUUCUUUUCACUGUACAUUUAGAGGGAAUUUUUUUUUCUUUCAGUCAGGUAUGCUUGGACUUGAGGGAACAUGUGAGGGAACCUUGUGAGCACCCAGUGCUGGCUUAUUAAUAUUCUUCCGAGUAUCCUGACCUUGCUACAAUGAAAGGCUAACAUUCUUGACAAUGAUGAUCCAAUGAAAAAGAAUAACCUGUUUUAAAUUAGCAGCUAAAAGGUAUUUUUACUGUCUCAGAGAAUUAUUUUUUCAUUCUCAGUGAAAAUUCAGGGAUUCACAAUGAAGUGGACAGCUGGCUCAUUUGCAGUUGCAUGGCCAGCAUUUGACUGUAUUUAGCAUUCGUGGUUUUGGGGGUUUUUUAAAGUUUUUUCUUCUGAGCCCUAAGAGGAAAGAGAAAUACGUACUUCAGACUUGCAAUAAUGCAUGUAUGCCUAUUACAUCAGAACUAGUGCAACUCAGGUACAUUGUCAUCAAAUACUAAACACUGUUAGAAAUGCAAACCAUACAAUAAGUGUCAGCUUUCGGUAAAUUAUUUAGAAAAAAUUAGAAUAUAUCAGUCAUUUAGUUCUGUUUCAAGACAAUGUUGAGUUUUUGCCUUCAUAUUCCUUUGUCAGAUGGUUUUGAAUAGCUGAUUUCUUCCUGUAGGAUUUCAAGAAUGCAUCUAAAAUUUUAAUUGCUUAGUUUCUUUUAAGUUGCAAGAAGUAUAAAGUAAUUAAUAAUAUCUAAAAAUGGGGCUAGUCUUUUGGGAGGUGGUUCAACCUGGCAUGGAUUGUCAGGGAUGCAUGAUACAAAGGCAUGAUGAUAAAAUGAGGACUGUGUCAUUGCACACUUGUUUUUCUUUAGACUUAAAUAUGUGACAUAUCAUUUAUCUUAAAUUAUAAUCCUGCAUUUUUAUGGAUUUGUGGAUGUUGUUUGUGAACAGAAGGAAAAGAAAGAAAACUUAAAAAGCAACCUGUACUCCCACCAAACAUCUCAGAGAAUCUUGCUGAUUUCUUGCCUACAAAAUCUGGAUCUGUCGUUAUCAUUUUUUGUGUGAUUGUGCCUGGUGAAUUUACAUUUCCACUGUAUCACAGAUGUCUCUUAAUUUUGGAGCUUAAAUUAAAUAAAGACACAUGUAAUAUA